GGCCUUUUCUUUCUCCCUCGGUGCUCUACGGUCACUGCAAAUUCUCAAAACACCAUGAAUCCUUCUUCAAUGCAACCCUUUUUUCCUUCCCAAAACCCUAACACUAAUUUCCCGAUUGUUUCCCUUCCACAAAACCCUAACCCUAUUUUCCAUUCAUCUCUCUCCACAGCUAUGUCCUCCCUCACCUCCCUCGUCUCUCUCUCAAACCAAACCCUCAGUUCCCAUUCUACCCUCACCAAAUCCCUAAACCCCGACCUUGUCCCAUGUCCUUCCAACCCGAAUCAUCUCCUUCCCCCCGAGUCCCUUUUCUCCCAUUUUCUUCACUGCCCUUCCUCGCAAAGUGUCGAUUUGUACCCCCCAAAUUACCGUGAUACCCUCAAUUCCCCUUUACAUUUACAUCCCCAGGACGCCGUUUUCCUGGGGGAACAACGCUCUGAACUUUGCCUCUCUUUAGAUGGUUACUUUUCUGAUUUCGGUUCCCAUUUCUUUUACAAAGAUUAUCCUGGUGUUGUCAGUUUGUUUGAUAUUGAUAACAACACUAAAGCAACGUUUACUUUGCCUGCUUUGUUAUCGGUUGAAUGCCUUAAUUGUGAGGGUUCUAAUGAAAGAGAGAGUAAGUUUAGUGAAAGAAAGGGUUUAGCGAUUUUAGCUUCGGGUUUAUGGGACAUUAGGAUGGAAGUUGAGAGGUGGGGUGAUUGCCCCGCUUCGUGUUCGCUUAACGUUGCUUGUGGAAUUUUGGGGUCGAGAAUGGUGAAAGGAAGAGAUUUGAAGAAAUGGAUAAUUGCUAAUUCACCAAGGUAUAAUAUUGUAAUUGACGAAUAUAUGGGGCAUCAUAUAGUUUUGUUGGUUAGGUUGUGUUUGAAAGCUAUUGUGAGGGAAGCUAAUUGUUUAGUGGAAUCGAGGAUGGAAGAAGAAGAAGCUAAAGCGAAAAAAUCGAAUGUGAAUAUGGGGCAUAGAAUGUUUGAAUCUCCUGUUAUGCUUCAAGUUAUAAUGUGGCUAGGUUCUCAGCUUUCUGUUUUAUAUGGUGAAAUUAAUGGGAGGUUCUUUGCAAUUAAUAUGAUCAAACAAUGCGUGUUAGAAGGAUCGUCAAGGUCGUUGUUGUUUCCAACGGAAGAAAAGCUGGUUGAUUCACUUCAUUUGGGACAAGAGUCGAAGAGCUUGGAUACUAAUGGUGUUGAGGGAAUUAAACUUCAGGAGCCAAUUGUGCGAAGUAAUGAACCAAUUAAAACAGUUGAUGAAAAUAUUGGUGCUGUGGAAAUAUCUGUAUCCCAGGUAGCAGCAGCAAUUGCGGCACUGCAUGAACGGCGAUUCAUAGAAGAGAAAAUAAAGCAUUUACGGGCUUCCCUACCUCCUUCAAGAUAUCAGCGGAUGACUGAACAUGCAAAUGUUUCAGAGAAAGCUGAUGUGGAGAGGAAAAAACGUCCUAAUUACAGACCCAUAAUUGAUCAUGAUGGGCUUCCUCGGCAGGCAUCAUCCAAUGAGGAGUCAAAUAGGACUAAAACAAGAGAGGAGAUAUUGGCUGAAGAAAGAGACUACAAGAGACGGAGAAUGUCAUAUCGUGGGAAGAAAUUAAAGCGGACAAAAUUAGAGGUUAUGAGGGAUAUAAUAGAGGAAUACACAGAGGAAAUAAAAAAAGCUGGGGGCAUUGGUUGCUUUGUCAAAGGAGCAGAAGAAGAAAAGUUGUUAUCAUCUGAAUCACCAGUUACUUAUGGCCGUGCAGCGGAUGAUGCUGAGCUUAGAAAAGGUACCAGUGAUAUUUCUGAAGCAGUGAGAGGUAGCCCAAACCAUUACAGGAGAAGAUCACACAUGGAGCAACAUAGUAGAUCUUCAAGAUUUGAGGAUUACCCACGGAACGAUCUUGAGCAACCAAGAAGGCAUGAGCACCGUGAUCUUGAUGAUCAAAGGAAAAGGACUGGUAAAGAGAAACACACAGAAGACAAUUAUGGAAACUCAAAAAGACACAGAAGUCAUGGGGGGUCAGAUGAGCGAAGAAGUCGUAGAAGGGAACACGAUGAUGUAGAAUCCACAAGAGCCACGCACUAUGAGAGAGGAAGUCGAUCUAAUACUUCUAAAUAUAAGGACUACAAAUCAUAUUCUGUUUCUAAUUCUUUGGAUGACUUUCCAUUAAGAAAGGAUGACUUGAAGUUGGGCAGUAGAGAACGGAAUCGAAGGAACUCUUAUGAGAAUCAUACUUCAGGCUCCAGAGGACAUAAUGGAUUUGAUGAUAGAUAUAAUCCUUUAGAAUCUGAAGACAUGUAUGAUGAUGAUGUCCUUGGUGACAAGUGUGUCAGACCAGAAUGAUAUCUUGGAUGUGCCUGCAGACUCUCACAAAUGAACCAUAGCCUUAUUAAUGUAUAAAAACUCUCGUAGUUCCCUUUUUGGGGUUUGAAGUCAUCAGGCUUCAGCAUAUCUCAAUACGUAGCCUCCUUUGUAUCCUUUAUUAUAUGUAUAACUUUUACUGGGGUAGCUGCUGAUGGUACACUUUGAUUUUGAUGUGUGCUUCUUGUUUUUUACCAUUCUUACCAAACAUAACAAAGAAGCCCUAAUAUUGGCUUCUUUGUUUUCAGUAUCCUUUUUUCUCCAAGACAUUAAAAUCAUUAUCAUGACUUUAUUCAUCUUAAAAUUUUCAUUAGGGCAUUAAGUGCAUAUUAAUGUCUUUAUCCAUAUUCUCAUUUUUUUGUGAUAAUUAGAGGUUGCUAUGUAUUUAUCUUAAGGUUUUGCUGUACUUUUUCUAACGAAAUCUUACAAUAGAGUAGAGAGACGAAUACCAGAAAAAAAAUACUAAAACAAAUUGUGCAAUUAAGGUUAGUUGUUGACUAAGAAGAAUCUUACAAUUAGGUGAAAUGUGAUAUGAUUCAGAUCUUUGCCCUAGCUGUUGUCUCUCUUUAGUACCAGAUUAAUGAAACCCAAAAUACUUUGUUAUGGCCCCAAUUUGGUUUUUUUGCUAUACAUUCAGGAAGUUGCAGGUACCAUAUUAUACCUAACCAUUCACUUGAUUCAGGUUGUGAGCAAUGUUGCUAUGCUCUGAACUUCGUCGACUUUCUACUAUUGAGAUCUUUAUUUUCUCUCUGUUGUUUUAUGGUGUUAAAGUUUGAAGUUUAUUAGGAAGCCAAAUAGAAAGCGUGCAUAUAUUAAAAAAUGUUUCCAGAAGAAUGGGGUGCAAAUCAUUUGGCUAAUGUUGAAAAAGACAUUAGUUGAAGAUUCUACAGGUUUGGCAUGGUAUCUCAUGGCCUUAAACUAUCCUUUUGCUAAAAUUCUCAGGCAAACAUGUCACCUUCAUUCUCCUCCUCAUCGUCAUCGAAUAUGUUUUCAUGCAUAUUCUUGCUGUCCUUGUUGAUUUACAGUUUAUGUUUUUUACUUGUAGAUUGCAAGGGAUGACUUUUGGCUUUCGUUGGCCCUUACAGAGGGAGGAAGGAGUGUGGAUAUUUUUCCGCUUAUGUUCAACUCUUGUGGCAUUCGAAAGCUGCAUUUGGUCCCGACUAAUCCAUAGUUGAGCUAUGUCAAUGCAGCUCCCGACUAAUCUAGGGUUGAGCUAGGUCGAACCACAAACAGAUGAACACUCUCACAAUGUCUACUUUAAUAUGUAUAUAUGCACUUACCAAUCCCAUUUUGUUUUAUUGUGCUUCAAGUCUCAGUUCAAUGAAUGAUACUGAUACAAGCUCUGUUUUUUUUAA